UCCGAAGGUUCCUUCCGAGCGGAGGAAACGCAGCUCGACAGGAAAACGCGAGCACGUCGAGCGCGCGUGAUGGAGGAUUGCCCUUUUGAAAACCAAAAAGAUGACUAAAGGUGAGGUAGAAAGCAUGCAAAAGGGGCUCGGCGUGUGCGCGAGGAGGAGGUAACCAGCCGAAGAUCAGAACUUGAGGAGCUGCAACUUUUAUCGACUUUCAGGUCCACUCGCUUCCCUCCCCACUCGUCUCCAUCGCACUUGUGCGGACCGCUGGAUUGUUUGCGCGCGUCUGGACGCGGCGCAACAACGCAAAACUGUGCGUAUUUUUAUUUUAUUUAUUUAAUUUUUUUUUUUUUUAACCUCAAUGAGGUUAUGUUUUGUGGAGCCGAGGCGAAAUUGAUACUACCAGACCAACGCGAAGAAGACCAAGAAGAUGUGCGGCUGGGCUUUGUGGUUGAAAAUGGAGAAAAUAUGAAAGCUCGGGAUUAAUUGACAGCACGACGACAGAAUGAAGGAGCGGGACCUGCUGGGGAUGUGCAGAUUGGCGCUGCUGCUGACCGUCUGCGUUUUGUCUCUUUGGGGGCAACUGAGCGGCGCGUCGUCGCACCGGAGCCACAUCGUUCACGUGAAGGCAGGAACCUGCGAGGUGAUCGCCGCGCACCGAUGCUGCAACAAGAACAAGAUCGAAGAGCGAUCGCAGACCGUCAAAUGCUCCUGCUUCCCGGGACAAGUGGCGGGAACGACGAGGGCGGCCCCGUCUUGCGUGGAUGCAUCCAUCGUUGCACAGAAGUGGUGGUGCCAGAUGCAUCCCUGCAUGGACGGCGAAGAGUGCAAAGUGUUGCCGGACUUUAAAGGGUGGAGCUGCAGUACGGGCAACAAAGUGAAGACCACCAAGGUCACGCGAUAGUCGUCUGCUUGGGACCAGGUGUCGUUUAUUUCACAGUAGGACGCUCGGAUAUAUAUAUAUUUUUUCCCUGGGAUUGCUGGAGACCAAUAAGGACUUUGGUCACAGACAGUCACUCGAAAAAUGGACAACGGAACGGGGCUUCAAAUAA